AGCCACUCUUUUGGCGCAGUCCAGAGCUUCUACCCCACGACGACCAUGUCCUCGGCGCCCAUCGACCCCCGCGCUCCGCGCUUCCCCGUCACGAUGAAGUACCCGAACUUCGGCGAUACGACCGACAACUUCAACUUCUCCGACUACGUCACGAUCUCGGCGGCGUCGGCCAUCUCGUGCGGCGCCGGCUACGCGCUCGGCAAGCCGGUCCGCGGCCCGUCCAUGGUCGUCACGGGCGUCCUCGGCACGAUCGCCGGCUUCCUGUACGCUUUCCAGAACUCGUCGCAGCGCCUCCAGGGUUUCCAGAAGAACUAAGCGGUAUGUCUGCGUAACUACUAUACCAGUGCCAAGACCA